AAUAGCAUUACUUCCAGUCAACUUAAUCAGUUUAGACAAUGGUUGUUGCGACUUCUACAACGCGGCCUGCGGUCGGUGCCAAUAACUCCAAGAUUUUGGCCCCAACCUUGAAGCUCGACGAUCCAGUUCUUAAUACCUUAAAAUUUCAACAAGAUCAUACUGCUACCGGUUCUAAUUCAUCAAGAAGCGUAUUAUCCAACCGUAUCCUUCAUCCAACAUCUUCUGGGAACGAGGAAAUUGGCUACAAGGUCAGUGUACCAAACUUUGCCGACUUGUCACCUCUCAAACUUGGAUCUAAAUACAUCACCGAUUUGAUCAAAAUUGACUCUAUGAUUCCUUCUGACCUUUAUUCACAUGCUCAUAUCAGCAAGGAAGGUUCUGGAGGUUUGGAUAACUACUACUUUGACCAUGAAAAGGGAUUGGGUGACUUUUCUCGUUUUGAAAAAACUUCACAAUUAAACUUGCCAGAUCGCUUUUUCGAUGAAUACAAUUCAACUGAAUGUAUUACUAAAAUGGGUCUUUUCCCGGCCAUUGAUCGUUCAUGGAUUGCUGUGGACAACAAGUUGAUCUUGUACAAUUACAAGGCACAUGCAUCGCGUGGCUCAUCUUUUGUCAAUGCCACUUCGUCUCAGUUCUUGACCAUUGAUCAAAUUAAACAUACUAUUUUACAAGUUAAAUUGGUGAAACCUAAGCCUAAUGUCUUUGUUGAAACUGUUAAUCAUCUUCUUAUUGUUGCCACUUCGAUGGAAAUUCAUAUUUUCAUCGUCAAGCAUGAUUCUAAUUUGAAUAGUUUGGAAGUUUUCAAUCCUGAAUUAUUUGUUUCUACUCAAGGACUUCUUGUAAAUCAAAUUGCCGUGAAUGAAGCCACCAAUGACAUUUAUUUCACUGGAGAAGGUGAUGGUACUAAUAUUUGGAGAUUGGACUACUCAAAUAAAUCUUCAUUUACUAAAAAUAAAUGUGAUAAAGUUUGUUUAACUAAAAGUGGAUUUUCUUCUGUGUUACCACCAUUAACAAAGAUUCCUGGAUUUGAUUUGUUUGGUGGUGAAACUACCACACCUGGUCCAAACGGCUCAGCCAAUAACACUAAAGUAAAUGGUGCUACUGCUUCUACAAAGCCUGCUACUUCAACUCCUGGUAAUCUCCCUGAAAUCAUAACUCAAUUGGAUAUAGAUUCAUCGAGAAGUAUCAUGUAUUCUCUUUCCAAUAAGUCGGUAUUAAGAGUAUAUAAAUUGGAACCAAACCAAGAACAAUUUACUCAACAUAGUCAAUUAACACCUUCUGAAAUUUUCAAGGGAGUUUCUUCUCUUUUUGCUGAUGCUUCAAACUUUGAAUCAUUCCUGAAGUUUAGAAUCAUGAACAUACAACAUAUCACUACCCAAGAGUCUUCGCAUGUACAAUUGAUUGCCAUUACCAAUUAUGGAUGUCGUAUUUUGCUUAGGUUAGGUAAUGCCUCUUCAUUCCCAUCAUUCAUUACAAGUUCAUUCUCUUCUAAAUUGAAACUUUCCGUCGUUUCCAUUAAAUUCCCACCUUCCAAGGAAACUCCAAAGGUUAACCCAGAAUUGGAUUCAUUCACCAGAGACAAACAAUACUUGGCUCAACUUGUAGGAAAUCAAAGAAAAUCUCAAUUACUUAAAAAUACAAAGUUUGCCAAGAUCUUAAGUCCUGGUGUAUUUUUAUGUGUUAAGAGAACCAAAUACUCUGAUAAAUUGUUUAUUUGUACCACCAACUAUGGAUUUUUGAAAAAGAACGGGAAGAUAGUCGAAGAUGCAGAAUUCAUCCAACUUGGGUCUCCUCAAGAUCAAAACCAUACUUAUAUCCAUGACAUUGUUCAAAUAACACCAUCUAUGAAUGCAACCGAAACUCCUAGUGGUUAUGCCAAUGUAUUGGCAAGUCAAUACACCAAAGCUCCACUUCAAUUUGCAAUUUUAACCAACUUUGGAAUCCAUUUCUAUCAAUUUAGAACUCCAGAUCAAAUUUUAAGAUCACUUUCUGAAGAAACUAUUGAGAAUUUCAUUGAAGAAAAUGGAUUUGAAGAGACUUGUUCUACCUUACUUUAUUUGUCUUGCUCAUAUGGUAAUCAUAAUGCUAAUGAAGUAUAUAAAAGAAAGGCUCAAUCUCUCUUUGCAACCUGUGGUAACAAUGCUAGAUUGUUGGUUCAAGUUCAAGAUGUUGCUCAGCAACAAAAUGGAAUCACCAGUUUAUUGAAAAACACCUUGCAACAGCAACAACAGCAACAGCAACAACUGAAUACUCAUGCUACCAUAGAACAGGUUGUGUUAAGUGACAGAUUUUAUGGAACUGUAUUGUUGAUCUCUAGAUUAUUCCGUGACUUAUGGAAUCGUAAGGUAUUUACUGCUUUACCAUAUAUCAAGACUGGUGCUGGAGGUCUGGUAAUUCUUAGUUCUUUGAAAGAAGAUAACUUGCUUAUCCAAGGUUUGAACAUUGACAAGAAGCAAGUUGAAUUUUUCAUUGGAUCGAUUAUUGUAUUGAUGGAAUUUUUUGUAGAGAAUGGAAAUAAUAUUCAAGGGUUGAACGCUCCAAACUAUAGUUCUGAUCCAAGCAGAUUUGAUAAUGAAAUUUGCUUGAGAGCUGAACACAUUGCAUUUACAUCCUUAUUGAAGUCCCUCAAUUCUAUGAAGGAGGCUCUUUCAUUCGUGAUGGUAUUGAUUGAAGAAUCUCAGAUUAACCAAACUAACUUUGCUGAAAUCUUGAAGUUUUUAUCUUUGACUAACCAAGUCAAUUUAUUGACCCUUUCUUUCCGUGACUUGUUGUUACCUAACAGUGAAGUUAAGAAUCUUAUCAAAGAUCUUCUUUCAUCUAUUAUUAACAAGAACAUAUUAAAAGGUGGCUCGAUCGACUUGAUUGCAUCAUCACUUCAAGGAAGAUGUGGUUCCUUCUGUUCUACCAACGAUGUGUUUAUUUUCAAAGCUAUUGAGAAUUUAACAAGAGCUAAGAGUGUCGGUAGUAGAGAUAACGAUUUGAAAAUCAAAUGUUUGAAUAAUGCUGUUCUUCUCUUUGAAGAAGCCUACGAAUCAUUGACACUUGAAAAUAUUGAAAAUUCAAUAAAUAUUAUGCUUGAUCUUGAGUUUUACACUGGUGCAGUAAAAUUAUUGCUUUCACUUGCAUAUAAACUUGGAAACAAUGUCAAUGGAUCGACUAAUAUUGUUUCAACUUCCGCUGUUGUUGCUGCAUCUUCUGCCGUCAAUGCUGCAAAAUCAGCUGAGCAACAAAAGAAAAAGUUACAAUUGUGUGACUUGAUUUUCAAAAUUUUGACAAAGGUUGAUAUUAAGGCAAUUCAAAUCACUGAAACAAACGACCAAUUGAUGAUUAAUGAUUUUAUUGAAGUACGUGAUGCUACAUAUGAAACAUGUUUUGCUUCCAAGGAUAAAGCAUUCCAUUAUGAAUUCUAUCAAUGGUUCAUUAAUGAAGGUGUUAGUGAACGUCUUUUGGAAAUUAACACACCAUUCAUUUUAGGUUUCUUGGAAGAAAAGUCGCAGAACAAUUUGGCAUUAACGGACUUAUUAUGGUUAUAUCAUGCCAAAAGAGAAAAUUAUUACUCUGCUGCCAGUAUUUUGUAUACCUUGGCUAUUUCUGAAUUCAAUUUGGAACUUAACCAGCGUAUCAUUUACUUAUCCAGAGCUAAUGGAUUCUGCAAUUGUGUAUGUCCUCCUAAUGUGAAACAGAAGAUGAUUCAAUUGUCAUCAAUUGUCCAAGAACUUUUUGAUGUUGCUAAUGUUCAAUUAGAUGUGUUACAUGCCAUUAAGUUCGAUGAUAGAAUCAGUAAGGAUAACAAAGAAAUUGCUAGAACUUCCUUGAACUUUAAAAUCUUAAAUCUCAGUGAACUUUUCAAUAGUUAUACCGAUCCACUUGGAUAUUAUGACUUGUGUCUUUAUAUUUUCAAAAUUUCAGAUUAUAAAAACACUGACGAUAUUUUGAAAAGAUGGGAAUUAUUUUUCGAAAGACUUUUCCAUGAUUUCUUGAUCCCUUCAAAUGGACCAGGUGCAGUUAAGGAACCUUGCUAUGUUACCAUUACUAAUGCAAUUGUGUCUAUCGGUACAAAAUUAUCAUCGAAUGAUUUGGUAUUCCCAAUAGAAGAAUUGAUCAAGUUGGUGUGUAAGUACGUUCAAGAAGCUAUCGAUGAGGACUCUGUGACCCAAACCCCUCCAAAGGGUGCUAUUGUUGAUAUGUUCAUCAAGUCCGGUGUUCCUUAUGAUAAAUUAUACUAUAUCUUAAAGUCAUUGAUUGAACAUAGCGCUUUUGAAGCUUAUCCAGGCUUUACCGAUAGUUUGAAAUCCGGUGAGAUGAUUUACUUGAUCCAAAGUUGGUACAGUAAUGAUAAAAAACUCCGCGGCUUUAUUUCAAGUGACAAGAUUAGGUCAUUGCAAGAAUAUUCCACCGCUCUGGACCCAAUCAACGAGUUUGUUAAGAACAAUGGAUUCCCCUUAUAGAUUAGAUGUAUAAUAAUAAUAAUAGUAAUAAAAAAAAAAAGAAACAAAUAAGAAUAUAAUAGGGUAUCUUGGUAGAAAGUUGGAUGCAUGUAUUCUCUAUAUAAUAGUGACGGAUUGAUCA